AACUUAUUAAAUAGAUAAUUUUCUAUGUCAGCGGGGGGUCUCUCAUCUACUUCAGCACCUGAUGCUAGUGGCGACACAGCUGCUCCAGUAAAAGAACAUUUGGGCAUCCCUAAAGCAGAGUUCAUAGAGGAUGUAGCAGGCUACAUGGAGAAGCAUGGGGGCGAUGCGGAGGCGGUGCUGAAGAAACUAGACACGCAAUUGGCCAGAUACAAUGCAAUGAACAGCAGUCUCCAGGCAAGAAGAUCCUAUCUCCGGAACCAGACCCCUGAGCUGAACAAGACCAAAGAAAUGAUCAAACUGCUGAAGGAAAAGAAAGACUCUCAAGAGGAAAAAGAGCUGCAUACGAAGUUUCUCCUAACCGACCACGUCUAUGCUGAUGCAACUUUGGAUGCCUUUGACACAGUCGGACUAUGGCUAGGGGCGAAUGUGAUGCUGGAGUAUCCACUAGACGAAGCCACUGACAUAGUGAACGAGAACUUGAGCCACGUGGUUGACCAGGAGAAGACCCUGAGUGAUGACUUGUUGUUCUUGAGAGACCAGAUCACCACCACAGAAGUGAGCAUGGCCAGAGUGUACAACUACAAUGUGGAGAAGAAGCAGAAGGCCAAUGCAUUAUCUGCCGCCGCCGCUGCAAGUUCAAACGCUGCUCUCACCCCAGCUGCUUAAGAGAAAUGAAGAUGUUGAUUAUCAUGUUGGCCUGUUUUCCCAGCCUCUCCGCCUUUUCUUAAUUUUAACCACAUUUUUAGAUUUUUUCGAUAAAAAUCCAAAUGGAAAUUGUAAUUUACAAGUUUUCUUGUUUGAGUAACAAGAUUUUUCUCACCCAGUGUCAAAUUUUAAAAGGGACGGAAAUUGGAAAACAGCCUAAUCUUGUACAAUACAUUGAUAUUUGCUAAAGUUACAAUGACACUAUGCCUCCAAGUUGUUUUGUAAAGUUUUAAUUUUGUCUAUUUUGAAAUAUAUAUUGAUUGAUUAAA